AAAAAAUUUAACAGAAUCUAAAGUUUUCUCCCCUACAAAUAGCAGCCAAUUCUGAGCAAAGAAACACACAACAAACAACAAAGCCAUUUGAUCCCUAAUAUCCAAACAUAUUUUCUCCUCCUCCUCCUCCUCCUCCCCUGUUUAGCCAUGGCAAGAAGGAAAGUGAGGCUUGCUUUCAUUAUUCGUGAUGCCGAAAGGAAAGCCUCGUACAAGAAAAGAAAGAAAGGGUUGUUUAAAAAAGUUCUAGAACUCAGCACUCUUUGUGAUGUUGAAAUUGCUGCAAUUAUCUACAGCGCUUUCCACAGCGGCGCUGAGGUGUGGCCGUCACAUGAACAGGUGAUGGGAAUCAUUGAAAGAUUUAGGGCUUUGCCGGAGAUAGAGCAAAGCAAAAGGCAGGUGAACGUAGAAGGGUUCACUAGGCAAAGGAUCAGGAAAUUGGAGGAUCAAUUGAGGAAGAUAAGAAAAGAAAACAGAAUCAAGGAGUUCACUAACUUGAUGUACGACUUGUUGGGUGGACAAGAGGUGCCCCAGAACAUGCACCCUUAUGAUCUCAAUGAUUUGACGUAUGUGAUCGAUCAAAACCUUCAAAAAGUGUACGAAAGAAUGACGGAAGAAGCUAAGAAACAAGGUUUCACAUUUGAUGUCCCUCUUACGGGACCAAUAAGUCCCCCUAGAGGGACCAACUUCGAGGAGCCAAGGGCUCCCUUGGCUCCUCCUCCGGUUGUCCCUACAACGGCUCCAACAUCGGUGAUUCGUCCAAUGGCUUCAAUAUCGAUGGUUCGUCCAAUGGCUCCAUCGAUGGUUCGUCCAUUUGCUGCUUCUUCAUAUGCUCCUCCUCUUCUGGUGCCUCCUCCACCAUUCGUUCAUCCUGCGAGUCUUUCAAGGGCUCUUUCUCCAGUGGCUCCUCCCCGAAUGUUUCGUCCUGUAGGUCUUUCAAUCUGGCCUCCUGCUCCCGUGUCUCAGCAAAUUUUUCGUCCUAUGGUUGCGCAGAUGGUUUCUCCAAUGCCUCGGGUGGUGGAUACUAGAAGCUGGGCAACAAUAGUAGCUUCGUCUCCAAUGCCUCCAACAGUCGCUCCCAGAAGCUGGGCUCCAAGAGUAGCUUUUCCAUUGCCUCCAGCGGCAGCUCCUAGAAGUUGGGCUCCAAGCUUAGCUUCUCCAAUGCCUCCAGCGGCGGCUCCUAGAAGCUGGGCUCCACUAGUAGCUUCUCCAAUGCCUCCAGCGGCGGCUCCUAGAAGUUGGGCUCCAAGUGUAGCUUCUCCAAUACCUCCUAGAAGUUGGGCACCAAGUGUAGCUUCUCCAAUGCCUCCAGCGGCGGCUCCUACUCCAAGUGUAGCUUUUCCGAUGCCUCCAGCGGCGGCUCCUAGAAGUUGGGCUCCAAGUGUAGCUUCUCCAAUGCCUCCAGCGGCGCCUCCUAGAAGUUGGGCUCCAAGUUUAACUUCUCCAUUGCCUCCAGCGGCGGCUCCUAGAAGCUGGGCUCCGCGAGUAGCUUCUCCAAUGCCUCCGGCGGUGGCUCCUAGAAGUUGGGCUCCGGGAGUAGCUUCUUCAUUGCCUCUACAAAUGGCUCCAGCAAUGUCGCCUAGAAUGGAUUUUCCUAUGAUUCCUGUACUGUCUGCAAGGACGUCUUCACCAAUGGUUCCUUCAGUGACACCACCAAUGGCGAAUUCAAUGAACUCUUCAGUGGAUGCAUCAAUGCCAGUGACUAACUAUCAAAACUAUUUCUAUGGCAAUCCUCCUGAUUGGGAAGAAGAUGCUUUAAUGGCUUUUGUUAAUGGUACUUGCAACAUCUUUGAAGAACCAAACCACCACAACAACAAUUUCUAAGGACCUAGACCAACAAUGUCCGACCAUCAUUAAGUCUGUUUCAAUUUUUGAGUCAUGUCUUGUCUCUUUUACUGUUUGUGUGUCUGUCUGCGUCGUGUCGUCGAAUGUGUCUUUUUUAUUGUUUACCUGUCUGCUGUGUCGUGUCGUCGAAUGUGUCUCUUUUAUUAUUUACCUGUCUGCUGUGUCAUGUAAUUCUCCACAUCUCUUUCCCUUUGUCCUCAUCAAAAGUGUCAGUCUGUCG